UCCAUCUCGAUAGAGAGCCCGCACUUGUGCCAGCGCGCGUAUCACAUUUGCAAUAAUCUCUGCCUGUAUCUGCAUGGCCUUUAUAUCUAUCACACCUUUGCGUAACCUAGCUGGACCUGAUAGACUACUCUCCUCCCAACCGCAACCAUGAGUGGGAAUCCCCACGUUGACGUCAUGCUCGCCGGAGCCGCAGCAGCAUUCACAGUCGACCUGCUCAUCUACCCUCUCGACACGCUCAAGACGCGCCAGCAGAGCCGGGACUUCCUCAAGACCUUUGCCGACCCGGGCACCUCGACCAAGCUGCCCUCGCGCCAGCUCUUCCGCGGGCUUUACCAGGGCAUCGGCAUCGUCGUUGUCGCCACGCUGCCCGCGGCGGGGACCUUCUUCCUCACCUACGAGGCCGCCAAGCGCGUCAUCGGCAGGCACACCUCUGGGCUCGGGCUGCCGCAGCCUGCCGUGCACUCGCUCGCGUCGUCCAUGGCCGAGUGCGCAUCCUGUCUGGUCCUCACGCCGGCAGAGGUGAUCAAGCAGAAUGCGCAGAUGAUCCAGAGCAAAAGCGGCGGCACAAAUGCGAAAGGUGCUGGUGGUGGCGGCGCCGCCCCAUCGUCAUCGCCAAUAUCAUCAUCUACUUCCCUCGCCGCGCUCAAGCAGCUGUCUCGCGGUAGGGGAGUCACCAGCAACUUGCUCUCCGGGUACACGGCCCUCGUCGCGCGCAACCUGCCCUUCACGGCCAUCCAGUUCCCCAUCUUUGAGCACAUCCGGCAGAGGAUAUGGGACGAGCGUCUGGGCAAGUCCGGGACGCUUCUCGAGACGGGCGUCGUCACGGGCGUGAGCGCCGGGCUGGCCGGCAGCUUUGCCGCGGUGGUGACUACGCCGAUGGACGUGGUCAAGACGCGCAUGAUGCUGAGCGUGAAUUCUGAUAACCCUCAGGGGCAGGCUGCUCCGGCACCAAACUUGUCGUCGUCGUCGUCGUCGUCAGCCUCAAAGCCUCAGCAGGAGAAAAAGGGCGGCCUUGCAAUCACUCGCCAGGUCAUUGCGGAGAGGGGUAUCGCCGGCUUGUUUCGCGGCUCGCUAAUCCGUGCCGUCUGGACCGCCGUGGGAAGCGGGUUGUACCUAGGCAUGUAUGAGGUCUCCAAGGUAUGGCUGACACGCGAUGGCAAGGAGCUCGAAGGGGAGGGCUUCCCUUGAGUCGACUGCGCGUGUUAUCGGUGGAAAGCCCAAUGUACAAGUUAGAGCUGUAAAUAUAG